GGAAGUCCCAAGUCGCCCCGGGGGCGUACGGAGGAGACUUGCUGGCUUGGUCCCCGCCCUGGACUGGACUGAGGAGUGGGGUGUCAGGGGCCAAGUCGAGACCACGGAUGGAAGAGAGCCCCCCUGAUGGCACAGGCCCCGUGCACGUGCCUUUUGGGCACAUCGUGGCCAAUGACAAAUGGCGCGGGUCGCAGCUGGCGGGGGAGAUGCAAGGGAGAAUUAAGCUCAUUUUUGAGGAUGGCCUGAUACCAGAUUUUUACCUGUCAAACAGAUCCUGCAUUCUUUAUGUCACCGAGGCUGAUUUGGUGGCAGGAAAUGGGUAUAGAAAGAGGCUUGUUCGGGUUAGAAAUUCCAGUAAUCUCCAAGGGAUUGUAGUAGUUGAAAAAACCCGAAUGAGUGAACAGUAUUUCCCAGCCUUACAGAAGUUCACUGUGCUGGACCUCGGGAUGGUGUUGCUUCCAGUGUCCAGCCAGGUGGAAGCAUCCUGCCUCAUUGUCCAGUUAGUUGAAGAGCAAAUCAAAGAGCCCAGUAAGAACCCUCUUCUCAGGAAGAAACGGCCUCAGCUGUCUGAGCUAUCCCUCCUUCGAACCGUACAGCAGAUCCCAGGGGUUGGAAAAGUUAAAGCCCCACUGCUGCUGCAGAAGUUUCUGAGCCUCCAGCAGCUGAGUAACGCGUCCGUCCAAGAACUGGAGCAGGUUGUUGGGCCUGCCGCAGCACAGCAGAUCCACGCCUUCUUCACGCGGGCCAGGUGACGGCUGGCCUCACAGCUGCCAUGUCUAUCUCCAGACCACAAACCACAGGAUCUUCAAGAACCAAGAAAAAAGAGGCUUCUCACAGCAACUUGUGAAGGAUGAGGUGAAGCCUGAACGGAGCCGGCCAGUCCUCCUGCCCUCCCGUCCACAUCUCAGUCAGUGGGCACUGCUCUCCUCCUGCAGAGAUGAAAAGGCCCGUGGGGCUCUUCCUCGACUGUCAGGCACUCGUAGGGCCCUGUUUUAAUGUGCAGCCUUGACCUAUGUCUGUCACAGAAAGGUGGCUCACGCCUGUAAUCCCUGCGCUCUGGGAGGCCAAAGCAGGUGGAUCACUUGCGCUCAGGAGUUCAAGACCAGCCUGAGCAAGAGCAUGACUCCGUCUCUACUAAAAAUAGAAAAACUAGCCAGGUGUUGUGGUGGGCACCUGUAAUCCCAGCUACUGGGGAGGCUGAAAAAAGAGAAAAGGUCUGAAAAGUUUCCAGUGGGGAUGUGACCAUGAAGGAAAGUAAUAUACAGUGGAGACUGUGUGUACCUUGUUCCUGGUGUCAGGGCUGCUGUUCUCCAAGUCUGGCCAUGAUCUAUCUGUCCUCUGAGGGCUGCUGCCAUUGUAAAUAAACCAGAGCACAGCAAGUUCCUUCCUUCUUUCCUUUGUUCAUUCCUUCCUUCCUCCCCCAUUUUCUUUUUCAGGUAGCCACGCACUUUGUUUUAAUCACUGGGCACAUAUUCUGAAUACAGAAAGCCUGGAGUCUGGAGUUGGCAUUUAGAGAUGAAUGAUAAAUAUGCAAGGCGGAAAAUAAGGUGUUUGUGUACGUACAGCCCAGCACUGGGAAGACACACAGGAAAACGUCAGGGGCACCUGUGUCCAGUGAGAGGAUAUAGGGGCUGGUGAGAGCCGAGUCCUGCUUUGUGAAAUGUUGUUAUGGCAAUUUUAAAAAUCAAAACAAAACGGGUUUGGCUCCUGUAGCUCAGUGGUUAGGGUGCCAGCCACGCAUACUUUAAUUGUUAAUUAGAACCCGCCCCUGGCCUGCCAAACAACAAUGACAACUGCAACAAAAAAUAAAAAUAGCCGGGCGUUGUGGUUGGUCCCCGUAGUCCCAGCUGCUUGGGAGGCUGAGGCAAGAGAAUCGCUUUAGCCCAAGAGUUUGAGGUCACUGUGAGCUGUGAUGCCAUGGCAUUCUACCGAGGGCGACAUAAUGAGACUCUGCCUCCAAAAAAAAAAAAAAAAGGAGUAAAUAAAAUCCAGA